GGGAUCUGUCCACGAAUGAAAACAUAAGAAGAGGAAGUGAGUAUUUCUUUAUGUUCAAUCAUUUAAAAGGGACGUUUCGGGUGUUUUGUCCGGUUCAGGCGGAGCGAUGGACUUCGGAGGAUCAAUGGAGGUGGCGGCGCUCGGUCGGCCUGUCAGCCUGGGGAUGCUGUACGACUGCCGCAGAGACCUACUGGUGCCUGGUCAGGACUCGGAUGUAAAGAUACUGGAAGCAUCGCAACCAAACCUUCAGCGGUUAAAAUCAGACACUUGGAACCACAAUGACCUGAAAGAAAACAUCCGAGAAAGACCACAGAGUCGUAAUGAUGUGAUAGUUGCAUCAGACACAAUUGAGGACAAAUCUUCAGCUCUAAAUGUUGAAGCAUCACUGAAGGACAGUGUCUUGUGUGGACUGGUGGAGGUGGGAUCGGCCAAAUACCAGACUGAUCAGAAGACGUCCAAAAACCAGGCCAGGGUCACACUGAGGCACGAGGCCACCACAACCGUCCAGCAACUGUCCAUGGACCAUCUGGCAAGAGGCAACGUGAGGCAUCCGUAUGUUCUUGAAACGGUAGCGCCACAUGUAGUCACAGCUAUUCUUUAUGGAGCACAUGCUUUCUUUGUGUUUGACCACGAGGUGUCGGACAUGGAAGAUCACCACGACAACGUCAGAGGAGGAGGCGAAGAGGAGUCUGCGCUCGCAGAGAUACCGGUGAAGAGACAUUCUUCUCCCUUCAACAGUGAGAAUCUGGACGAGUGGAUGGACUGUAAAGAGAGAGAAAUCAGCAUUUUAAAAUCCUUCACCAACCUGAUGAAAAACACAAAGAUCGUCCCGUCUCAGAAUGGUCUUCAUGAGGAGACUCGUGGUGCGAAGCAGGCGGUGUGUUUUCACCUCACUGGGAAGAGCUGAA